CCGGACCUCCUUAAGUACAUCUAUCCUGCACAUCACCACCCUGAGAACUGUUCCUCUGCAUUUCUAUUUCCAUUUCUAUUUCCAUAGCUCCCCAUUCUCACCUUCUUCUUCUUCUUCUUCUUCUUCUUCUUCUUCUUCUUCUUCUUCAUUGAAUUAAGAUUCUGACAUUCCUGAAGAUGUGUUUCCCCAAGACUAAAUUGCAGGGAGAUAUGACCCCAAAUGUCUCCCAUAUCAAUGGCCGUCCAGUUCUGCACCCCAACUGCAACAGAGUUCCUCUACUGGAGCGUCGCAAUUCCCUUAAAAAGCUCUCCCCACAGCCACCCUCUUCCGCCGCAUUACAGCCCUUAUCGCCGCCGUCUGCUACUAAGCUUAGGCCGAAGCCUUCAGCCGCCACGCCUCCGGUCUCGCCUAAGAUCAAAUCUCCCCGACAGCCGGCCGUCAAGAGAAUGGGCAAUGAUCCCAACGGCCUGAAUUCCAGCCUCGACAAGGCUUUAACUCCCAAGGGCACUGCUAAAUCAGCAGACUUGUUGUUGGUUAAGAAGUUCAAGAAAGGCGGCGCCGCCGCUUCUGCCCCGUCGUCGCCGGAAACGGAGAGUUCAUGCUCCGCAUACUCCUCUUCCUUGAUAACCGAAGCGCCCGGAAGUAUAGCGGCGGCGAGAAGGGAACAAGUCGCGAUUAUGCAAGUCCAACGGAAAAUGCGAAUUGCCCACUACGGAAGAACCAAAUCCGGCAAAUUGGAAGAUGGAAAGAUCGGCGCCGCUGACUCUCAGCCGCCGCCGGCUACCAGUCCUCAUCAAGAAAAAAGAUGCAGCUUUAUCACUGCCAAUUCUGACCCAAUUUAUGUUGCAUACCACGAUGAAGAAUGGGGAGUCCCUGUUCACGACGACAACAUGCUGUUUGAAUUACUGGUGUUGACUGGUGCUCAAGUUGGAUCAGAUUGGACAACAGUCUUAAAGAAAAGGCAAGAUUUCAGGGAGGCCUUCUCAGGAUUUGAUGCAGAAAUUGUGUCAAAGUACACAGAGAAGAAGAUAAACUCAACCAGCACUGAAUAUGGCAUGGAAUUGAGCUUGGUUAGAGGAGCUGUUGACAAUUCUAUCAAAAUUAUGGAGAUGAAGAAGCAAUUCGGGUCUUUUGACAAGUACCUGUGGAGAUUUGUGAACAACAAACCAAUUGCCACCCAGUACAAGGCCUGCAACAAGAUUCCGGUGAAGACCUCAAAGUCCGAAAGCAUAAGUAAAGACAUGGUGAAGAUAGGAUUCCGGUACGUGGGCCCCACCGUCAUCCACUCGUUCAUGCAGGCCGCCGGCCUUACCAACGACCACCUCACUACUUGCCCUCGACACCUCAAUUGCAAUUCCACCGCACCAACUCACUCAUCAGUUGUCUAGUAACCCCUCGUAUUAUAAACUAAGUUAUUAUUAUAAUUAUUAUGAUUAUUAUAACUUAGAAGAAAAAGAAAAUGUAUUCCACAUAGGUGAUUGUUUAACAUAGAGAUAUAUAAAUAGUGGGCUUUGAUUUGAUUUUGUUCUUUUUGGGAGUGAGUUUGGAGCAGUAAUAUAAUUAAUAUGAUGAUUUGGGAGUAGUAGUAACAUAUAUAUUGUUAAUUGUAGUGAAAGUGAUGAUUAACUUGGGCAGGGAAGGAAAUGAAUAAAGGGAAGGAUAGUGUAUGUAUGUAAGAGUAGUGGAGGUAUUUGGGGGGGGGGGGGGGGGGGGGGGACAGGAAGCAUGUGCAGGGUAAAGGGCAUGUGUUUGGUGGGUGCAUAUGCCAUUCAUUCAUCAAUGUGACCACCACCACCACAUCUCCAUUAUUUGUUUGGUGUGAAGAGAAGAGAGAAUGCAAUCAUAUUCUCUCAAUUGGUUUCUGGGUAACAGAUUAUGGAUAAACGGCUCAAUUAAUUUUUGGAUAGCAAAUUCUAAACAAAUAGUUCAAUUGGUUUUUGAAUAACAGAUUGUGCACAAACGACUUAGUUAAUUUCUGAGUAACAGAUUGUGGACAAGGAAAGAAGAGAAUGCAAUCAACAUCAGGAGCCAGGACUAUGGAUUUAUGUACACUCCUUUCUUCACCUUUAUAUUUGUUUUCUUCUAACAUGUUACCACCUAAUUAAUUGCAUUAGGGUUAGGCAAACACAAAGUGUUUGGUGAAUGUGCUUGUACCAUAUAUAUUUUAGUGUGAAUUUGGAGUGUUUUUAAUUUGGAUUUUGUAUAUCAAGGAUUGUAGUAUUAUAUAUGUAUAUUGAAAUUGAAUUUCUAUACA